UUUAAAUUGAUUGUGGAAAAUCCAGAAAAACCCAUUGCAUCUGGACUUCAACUUACAGCUUUUGUGGAAUAUCAUCCUGAGAGUGAAGAAGAUCUUCAGGAUAAACUACUUCUUUUAGUAGAAGAUGAUGCAGUUGAUAUUCCCCUGUCUGGAUCAGUUCCACACUGUUGUCUGGAAACUGAGUCAGAGGUUAAUUUUGGUGAAGUGGUUGCAGACAGUAAAAUAAUUAGUAAAGAGUUUAGUAUUGCUAACCAUGGAUCAUGUUCAGGUAAAUUUAAAAUAUCAUAUGAUGGAGUUGUCCUGCUUAACAUAAAACCUACCAGUGGAGUGGUUGAGCCAAAAUCUGUAAAGAUGGUUAAUGUGGAUAUCUGCACAGAUGUACCCAGAAUCAUCCAAGAAGCAAUAAAAGUACAGCUGGAAGGUUGUGGAUGCACUGAAGUAUGGAUCAAAGCUGUUGUGGUUGAACAGGUUCUUAAAGUUCUAGGAAUGCCUUGUGAAAAACUACUGAACUGCAUUAACUUUGGACCAGUUUACUUUGGGGCUUCAAAGACUGAACAAAUAUCUUUAUACAAUGACAGUCCUGAGUGUAUGGACUGGGUAGCAGUACUGGAAGCCAAUGCCAUUGGAGGAGAGAUGGGGACAGAUCUUCAGAGGAGUACAGAUGCUGCUUUACAGGACUUAUGCCUGAAGAACAGAGCUAUAGAUGUUUCCACCUUGAUCUUGUGCAAUCCCAGUCAAGGAACUUUGCUACCUUAUGAGAAAUCUUUAGUUACUUUGUGCUUUAGUCCAAAGAAAUUGCAAAGGGGCUUUGGAGUGAAUGACUCAUCACUGAGAGAAGAUUAUGUCCUGUUCCUGAGAUUUGAAACUGUUGGGAAGAAAGAUGGUUAUCUGCAGGCCCCCAGUGAUGGUACAACAGCAACCUCAAUGAAUCAUCCUCAUCACACAGACUUGGCUUUGAUGGGUUCUGGACUUCCUGUCAUGUUAACUUUUAAUCUGGGACCAGUUAUUAAUUUUAUGGACUGUUACUUGGGUGAACAGAGACAAAUUCUAUGCACACUGAAAAAUGAAUCUGAGUUCCUUCCAGUAACGUUCAGCUUCCGCAAGAGUGCUCACUUUAACAUUUCUCCUGGAAAAGGAAAAAUUAAACCACAAUCUGCACAGGAUGUGAUGUUUUCAUUUUCUCCACGUCAAAUAGGAACAUUUGAAGUGAAGCAAAUUGUUGAUAUCAUUGAUAAAGGACUAGAGAAAAACAAUUUACAUGUUUUGAAGACAAAAUCCAUUGACCAAAUAUAUUUGACCUUUAUUGGUGUGUGCAAACCUAAGCGAAGAAACAUUCUGUUCACAGUUAAUCCUGGUAUAACACCAAUGAUUACCAAUGCAACUGGACAGUUUGUAGCUGGUGGCAGAGGGCAGAGCACUGAUACAGCACCUGUGGCAAUGCUUAAAUCAGCCCAAACACAAAUUCAUGCUCACCAGGCAAACAGGGACCGUGAGGAUGAUGCACUUACAGCCUUUCCCAAUGACCGUGCUGCCAGCAUCAGGCCUGGGGAACAGGGCAAAAAGUACAGGACUAUUUUCACAAAGACUGAGAGAUAUAAUUACAUAGAUCCAGAAUUUUCUUACACUGACCGUGAAAGACUAUCAAAAGAAGCAGAUAAGAAAUACUACCUGGACUUCAUCUCUGGUUUAAGACAGCGUCGUUUACAGAGAGAUGCUGCUAGGCAGCAUUAUAUUUAUAAUAAUUCUGUGGACAUAGGUCUUGAACCAGCUGAAGGGCUUCAGUCACCAAAAGUGUCAGUCACAGAUCUUCUCACGGAGAAGCGACGAGGCAAAAUGCUUCCUUUGGAUGACAGUUGCUUAUUAACUAGUCAAAAAUUGACUGCAAUUGAUUCUAAAUCUUCAGUCAAAGAAGUUUGGAAUGUGCUUAGUGCUGUGCCAUCUUCUGCCCAAGAGAAAGAAGAUUGUAGUCUAACUUUGACACACAAGCAGCUUCAUCAGAUACUCAUUGGUCCUUCUACUAUAGAUUUUGGUGAAGUUUGUGUGAACUCCACAACAGCUAAACAACUGCACAUCAUCAAUAACUUGUCAGUUCAUAUAUGGGUAGAAAUUGAGAUGGAAAUUGAGGAAUUGCAGAAUACAUGUCCAAUAUCUCAGGUGGUACCUCCUCUUACAAAGACUCACAUUGAAAUUGUAUUUGAGACAAACACUCCUGGAAUGUUUAAAAGGUCUUUCACUUACAAAAUAAACAGCCAACACCUUCGGCAUGUGCUGGUAGUUGCAAAAGCAGUGCCUGUUGAACUGGAGCUAUCUGCAAGGGAACUGAUGGUACCUCCUGUUCCUGGCUACCUGGCAGAGACAGAGUUUAGGACAACUGUUACGCUAUACAAUCCCAGAAACCAUCCUGCUCAGUUUACUUGGAAACCUGCACGUAGAGAAUCUGCAUUCUCUAUAAGGCCAGCCAAAGGACUUGUGGAGGCCUUUAGAGAUCUGGAGUGUGAAGUGGUUUGGCAUCCAGGGUUCAACUCCCCAGGAGCAGGAGAAUUCAACCUGUGUGUGCACAAAGGAAAGGAAAAUAAGUUGAAAUGUUUUGCAAAGGUAACAAUUCGUACAGCAGCUUUAGAGAAGAAAAAUUUUGGUGCUACUAAAGUUCGGUUUCUGGAUCAAAGGAUAGCCUUCAUUCAUAGUCCAAUGUGUUUGUCUACUUGUAAGCCAGCCAUUCUCCAAAACACAGGGCACAACCAUGCAUACUUCCAAGUUCUGGAUUCAAACCCUCUGCCUGGAAUGACAAUCUCCCCCUCUGAAGGAGUUGUGCCUGUGGGAGGCUGUGCUGAGCUCCUAAUCUCUUUCACUCCAAAUGCAAAAAUGAGUUUUGAUGUAACAGUGGAGGUAGCAGUGCGAGACGCAGGAGUCCUAGCGCUGAGGAUCAAUGGGUUUGUAGAGGUGCCUGAAAUCAACAUUGAUGUGGAACUAUUGAACUUUGAUGGUGUUUAUGUUGGGGCUACAAAAUCAAUUCCAUUUAUGCUGCAGAACAAAGGACAAGCUUGUACCAGAGUGGAGUUUGAUUUUUCUAAGUAUAAGGAUUUUAAAUUGACUAGCAAUAACCAUUCAGCUUGUCCUGGGACAUAUGCAUCUGAAAUAUCAGUGUGUCUGGAUGAUCAUCCAUCACCUUACAAGAUAACAUUGUCUGGCACUGUGAAGUCACCAAAACUCAAUUUUGAUCCUCCCUUUUUAAUGCUGAUGCCAGUUCCUCUGGAUGUGGAAACUAAAACAGUCAUCCGUAUCAUUCCACAAGAUUAUUUAAG